CCAAUCAGAUUUGCUACUGGGCCCCCACGUGAAUGGACCAGGAAGUGAGUCCAGAAUGGGCUCUCUCUCUUCCGUCUAGAAUCGCUUCUAUCCCUGAAAAACAGUUACACUGUUGCUUGGGGAAACAUGGCCACUGCCGGAGAUUCGAGAGGAGAGCUUCAGAAGGAAUUAGUCUGUUCUAUUUGCCUUGAUUAUUUCGACGACCCUGUCAUUUUAAAAUGCGGUCACAAUUUCUGCCGCAUGUGCAUUUUGAUGCACUGGGAGGAAAAUGGAGGCGAUGAUGUUGGUUACCAGUGUCCGGAGUGCAGGAUGGUGUUCGCAAAAAUGAGUUUCACCAAGAACUACCUGGUAAAGAACUUAGUGGAUAAACUGAGCGACUUCGACUAUCUGAAGACGUGUAGGCCCUCUGCACCCGCAAAACCCGUGAAAAUGGACGGGAAAUGUGAGCGACACCACGAGGAACUCAAACUGUACUGCCACACGGACAGAAAGCCCAUCUGCGUGGUGUGUCGGGAAUCAAGAGCGCACAGACACCAUGAUGUUGCUCCUGUACCAGAGGUUGUUGAAGACAUGAAGAGUGAGCUCAAGCUAAGACUCAUCAAGCUGAACUGGCAGAAGUCCAUGUGUACCAGAGUAAAGAGCACAGACGAGCAGGCCAAAUCUGAUGUCAAGCUAAAAAAACAAGCGUUGAAGGAGAAGAUUGAGGAAGAUGUUGGUGCCCUGGUUCAGUUUUUGUUGGAUGAGAAGGAUGAUCUGUUGGAAAGGUUGGAGGCCGAAGCGGUGGCCACUAUUGGGCUGAUUGAUGCGAACCUGAAACGUGUGGAGAGCGAGGCAGCCAAAGUGGACAAAGCCAUUACUGAAAUUCAAAACCACCUGAGUGACAGCGCUAACUUUGAGAGUAUCAGUAAUUCAUACUUAAGCCCCUGCCACGUUAACCUCAGCGUCCAGGCCUCUAACUCUCCUCCAGAUUUCUCAGAGUUCACAGGCCCCUUUCAGCUCAUUAUGUGGAAGAAGAUGAUGCACGUGUUACACACAAUGCCUCAGAAUUUGACUCUAGAUUUAGACACCGCUCAUCCCUCGUUGGCCAUCAGCGACUUUGACACCAAGGUGGAGGAAGGCCGCGUGCGCUCCCAGGAGCCCGACAUGCCGCAGCGCUUCACUCGUUUCUUUGGCGUGCUCGCCACUGCCCAGUAUUCCAGCGGUCAGCAUUACUGGGAGGUGGACGUGCGGGACAAGGGGGUCUGGUAUCUGGGCGUCACCACCGAAUACAGCAACCGCAAAGGUUUUGUAAACCUUUCGCCCUCCGCUGGCUACUGGAGCCUGUGUCUCCAAGACCGACUGUACGCCAACGAGGAAGACUCGCGUGUGCCCGUGGCAGACUACUGGAACUCUCCUCGUGUCGGCGUUUUCUUAGACUACGACCGGGGCCACGUUACUUUCUUCGACGCUGUUACCAUGAAACGCAUCUAUAACUUUGUCACAUACUUUGACGAGCCAGUCUCACCCUUCUUCAGCCCAGGGAAAAACGACCCGGGUAGCCGACUACAAAUAUGUCACUUCUACUGAAAACGAAGCGAUGCGUACAUGUAGUUCGCAACAAACAAAAUAAAUAAUGAUAAAUGCUCCUGUUGUUGCAUCUAAGUAAACAUUUCAGGGCAUUUUCCUUCCUGGAAGUAGGGAGGACGUUUGUUUUUAAGCUCUGCCAUGUCUUUGGAUUCAGUUGAUCUGAAUUAAUUAGUUGCGUAGAGCUUUGAUACACCAUAAUCUGAAGGAGUGAAAUAAAUUUUUCUUGCUCUUGAAUUAUGAUGUAGCCCCACUGAAAUUCAGGUAGAGAGGCAUUGCCGGUUUUUACGCAAAUGUCGACUUUAGCUGCUCUGUGUCGUCUUGUCUUAGACCUCAGUGUUGUCUUUUGUACAUCAUUGUAGAGGUGAAAAUAAAGACUAAAUCAGGCCAAAAAUGUAUUAAUGGUUGAUAUCAAAUUGUAGAUUUGGGCAUUUUAAUCACUAUGUAUUCCAUUUUAUGGCUUUUUUUUUUUUUUUUUUUCUUUAUUUUAAAUCUAUUUUAAACGUUUACAUAUUUUUGCCGCAAUUUUGUUUUUAAGGGAUGUUUUUGUUAGACAAAUUACCCUGUAAUGUAAUGUUACAUAAAGGCUCUGUGUUUGAACAUAUCGUAAUAGCUCAGACUGCAAUAGGUGCUAUGCAACUUUGAGUAUGUGAGUUUUCAACAACAAAGUAGGACAGAUAUGCUGUGAGGAGCGUCCUUUUAUUCAUUUAAUUAUGUAAAUGAGUCCAUUCUUAAGCUUUGUGCCAUUCAUGUUACAUCAUUUUAAUGUACCUUUCAAAUCUAUUAUAUUAAAAAUUUUAAUCUGUUUGAUUUGUUUAGCAGUAGUCAAAUUUGUCUUGUGGGAUGACGGUGAAGAGAGAUGCUGGGAAUGUACGUUUUUGUUUGCUUUUGUACUGAAACAAGCACAAAGUGACAUUUCAGCACCCUUUGAUUGAGCUCAGAUGGUUUGUUAUUCAUGUUGAUAUUUACAGAACUAGUUUAUAUACUAGAACCGCUGCAGUCAUUUGUACAAAAUGUUUUUUGAGCUGACAAAGGAUCAAGAAAACACUGGAACAGAUCACUUCUGGAUCUUAAGAUGUUUUGUACAUGUGCUGUUAACGUGAACAUGCUCUCAACACUUUGUGUUACCAAGAUCCAUGAUAAAAACUAGGAUCUAAGUUUUAUUUAACAUUUAGUACUUUAGUAAUCACUGUCUGUUUCCUCAUAUGAAAUGAGUUCAACUUGAAAACAUUGACUCUUUGUAUGUUUAAUAUAUAUAUAUUUUUAAUUUGGAUUUCUUUUAAUUGCUGAUGUAAGAGAACUGUUACAUCACUUUUGAGCAUUACUGCUGGAUGGCACCAUCAGUACAUUUUACUUUUGUGUGAUUUAAAACCACUGCAAUAUGUUAAAUGUUUUCCUCUGCAGUCAUUUAAAAAUAAAAUAUUACAACAGUU